AUGGCAGCUGUUUACAAAUCGCUGGCCAAGACCAGCAGCAAGGCUGACAAGAUGGAUAUCGAUGAGGAUUCAAAGAGCAGCGGUAACGGGGUUAGGAAAAACAAGCAGAGGGUGUUGAUCCUUUCCUCCAGAGGCGUUACCCAUAGACACCGACAUCUUCUCAACGACCUGGCGGCUAUGCUCCCCCACGGAAGGAAAGACGUCAAGUUUGACUCCAAGUCAAAUUUGUACCAGCUGAACGAGCUGGCGGAGCUGUACAACUGCAACAAUGUCAUGUUUUUUGAGGCGCGCAAGGGGAAGGAUUUGUAUAUGUGGUUCAGCAAGGUUCCUAAUGGGCCGACGAUUAAAUUUCAUGCUCAGAAUUUGCACACAAUGGAGGAACUCCACUUCCAAGGCAACUGCCUCAAGGGCUCGCGACCAAUCCUCUCGUUUGACGCCACCUUUGAGACGGAACCGCACCUCCAGGUCAUCAAGGAGGUGUUUACACACAUGUUUGGCGUGCCCGAGGGCGCGCGCAAGUCCAAGCCGUUUGUUGAUCAUGUCAUGGGGUUCAGCGUGGCGGAUGGCAAGAUUUGGAUUCGCAACUAUGAGAUUCGGGAAGUGGCCAAGACGAAGGGGGAUGAUGGUGACGAGGAAGAGGAGGGUGCCACCAGCAAAAAGUCAAAGAAGGGCGGGCUCGACAGCAAGGAGACGGACAUCAGCUUGAUUGAGAUUGGCCCGAGAUUUGUCCUGACGCCGAUUAUCAUCCAGGAGGGCGCUUUUGGCGGGCCGAUUAUUUAUGAGAACAAGAGGUUCAUCUCGCCGAACCAUGUGCGGGCGGAGCUGAGGAAGAGCAAGGCGAGCAGGCAUGUGGCGAGGCAGGAGCAGACGAGGGAUAAUCUGGCGAGGAAAAGGAAGUUGGGGUUGGAGAAUGGGGAGGCGUUUAAGGACAAGAGUGGGCUUGAUACCCGGGAGUUGUUUGCUUAG